UGAAUGACCCACUUGCAAAAUAAAAUCUGUAGAUUUAUUAUAGUGGUUUCUCUUUUGGACUGGAUUCUGAUAUUGGAAGUGGAACUAAAAGGAAGAGCACUAAAAAAUAUUAUCAUUAGUUGGCCACGUUUAACAGGAAGUAACUUCUUUUUGCCUUGUAGAUUGUUUUCAUGAUUUGAAUUGAUUUUUAAUUCAAUUAAUGUGAGCUACUCUGAGUGAUUUUCCACGUUCAGUCGUUUCCAAUAUAUUCCAGUCAACGAAAUGUGCUUGGACUAAGUUCAAAUUUUGUAGGUUUUUAACAUUUUACCGAACCAGCAUGCAUUGUUUGCAAAGCAAGUUGCCCUCCUGCAACAAAAAUGCCUCAUGCUAACACGCACCAAAAGCAUGGGCACUCUGAGAGCUUUUCAUACUCCAGAGUAGUUUGAUAUCUUAAAAAUAUUUGUUCACCUUAUUUGUGAGUGAGAAUAUGGAGAAGAAAAUAACUUUGCUCGUGGCUCUUUUUCUCUUUACAUCUUUAUUGUCAAAGUGCCACAGGACAAAUGCUGUUGUGAAUUGUGCAGAAGAAGAUAGGGAUGCACUCCUCCAAUUCAAGGCUGCCAUUGCCAAAGACCCCGCCGGAAUUCUAAGCUCAUGGAAUGGCGACACAAAUUGUUGCAACUGGAAUGGUGUCACCUGCCAAAACAAGACUGGGCGAGUGGUUCAUCUCAUUUUAUCUGAAGACAACAACAAUAACAGUGUGUACCUGAGUGGCACCAUGUCCCAUUCCAUAUUCAGCCUCCCUUUCCUCCAACAGCUCAUUAUUUACAAUAUGAAGAAUAUUAGUGGAUCUAUUCCAUCCUCAAUUUCCCACCUUUCAUUCCUCACCCACCUUACUCUAGCCAACAACAAACUUACAGGCUCCAUUCCCUCCUCCAUUACCUUGCUCUCCCAUCUACAAUUUCUCAUCCUCGAAGGAAACCUGCUGACAGGCUAUAUUCCUAAAAACAUUGGCAAUUUGAGUGAAUUAGCGGGCCUGUCAUUGCAUGGAAAUCGUCUCUCAGGAUCAAUUCCUGCCAGCAUUGGAAGUUUAAGCAAAUUGCAAUGGAUGGAGCUUGACAACAAUCUUCUCUCAGGCUCAAUACCAGACUCAAUAUCAGGCCUCGCUUCUAUCAGCUCUUUAGACAUAUCAAACAAUUUUCUGUCAGGUACUAUUCCUUCCUCUUUGGGCAAUCUUUCCUUUCUUGCUUCGUUACAAGCCAGUAACAAUCGCUUGCAGGGAGAGAUACCAUCAUCAAUGGCUUUGCUAAAUUCCAGCUUGAAUAAAUUGAAACUAGAUAAUAACCAAUUGCAGGGCUACAUUCCAGAAUCCUUUGUUGAGAUGAUUAACGUUUAUGACCUUGACCUGUCCAGAAAUAGGCUCACAGGUAAUAUCCCUCCUUUCUCAAUUUCUUCCUCCUUUAUGGCCUUUAGUCUAUUCAACAACAGCCUAACAGGCACUAUCCCACCCUCUUUCGGUACCAUGUCCAGGCUACUCUCUCUUACAUUAUCUUACAAUAAGCUCACAGGUGUGAUCCCUGCUUCCUUCGGACAAUCCUCACGGAUUGAGAUUCUUUCCAUGUCAAACAAUAAACUUACAGGUCAUAUCCCUAAUUCAUUGGGCCAAAUGCCAUAUUUGCAAUAUCUUGAUCUGUCAAACAAUAACCUCAAAGGUCCAAUUCCAAAGCUCCCAAUUUUAUAUAAUUUGUUUGGUCUUAAUCUUGCUAGAAAUAGAUUAUCUGGGCCUCUUCCAGAGCUAUACAACAAUAGCCUAGAUUACCUUGAUUUAUCUUACAAUAAUCUGCAGCUUUCUACAAUCCCUAAAUGGAUUGUAGGUACAAGCUUUGCAAAUCUUCGGUUGGCUAGCUGUGGUAUUUCUAUAAGACUUAAUGACUGGAAGCCUCGUGGUCCUGAACAUUAUACAGCACUCGAUCUCUCUGAUAACAGAAUCACUGGCAAUUUGAGUGAUAUAUUUUCAGAGUUGACAGCACUGCAAUAUGUAAAACUCUCAAAUAAUCAACUAGGUGGAAACAUCCCUUCGUCGAUUACAAAGCUGAAGAGCCUGGAAGUUUUGGACCUGUCUGUAAACAGACUGAAAGGAAUGAUUCCAGAGGAUGUGCUGCAGCUGAAGAAUUUGAAAGAAUUCAAUGUAAGUUACAAUCAUUUGUGUGGGAAAAUUCCAGACAAGAAGCCAUUGAAUUCAUUCCCAGCUUCUGCAUAUUCUCAUAAUCAGUGCCUCUGUGGAUCUCCUCUUCCAGUUUGCAGUCAUCAUUAAUCAGCAUCUAGUCAGAUUUCUUGCAUUGGAUCUUGCUCAGGCCUCAGCAGAACAGUGUUUGGAUAUAAUUCUGAGAUAUUUCUUUCUAACCAUGAUUAGUGACCUGAUCAAAUCUGUUGCAAUCCUCAAUAUGCAUGUGAUUGUUGCCUAUUCAAAUCCAUUGUCAUCCUGAGCAU